UUCUGACUUGCCAUCGAUUCUCAGGUUCCACACCCCUAAUACUCAUAAGCUCAUCUGACGAGGAGCUACGGACUUGUAUUAUUUUCCAUUCUACUCAUGAAACCUCCACACAAAGCCACCAUUUUCAUUGGCCUCAUCCCUUUAGAGUUAUGACAUUGGUUACUUCACGAACCCAAUGAUUCUUUACGGCUUUAUUACUCUACAACUAAGUCUCGAUUUUGUGCUUUACUUCUUUACAUCAAUCUGUCACGAACCACACAGAUUGCAAAUGAGGAAUUUGAUAAGACUACUUAAUAUUCAACGUAUAAAGCAUUGCAUCCAGUUACCCAUAUAUAUAUAUAUAUAUCAAAGAAAGUUGUUGUCUUGUUCCUGUUCUUCUCUACAAAAUUUAUCGAUAUUCGUUCUUACUCUGUCUUUUGAAGCCAUACAGUCUACGAUUCGCUCGUCCCAAGAACCCAAGUAUUAUCCAAGUCUCAAUCGCUCCAGAUGUUGCAUGAAAGGCAUUUGCACAGAGUGUUUUCUGCAACUGAAGACCCCAAAUCCAACUCGUCCUGCACAGUGUCCCUUCUGUAAAAGCUUGAAUUAUGGUAUUGAAUAUCGGGGGAUGAAAACAAAGGAGGAAAAAGGUUUCGAGCAAAUUGAAGAUCAAAGGGUUAUAGAAGUAAAAAUAAGGAUGCAGCAGCAGGAACUUCAAGAGCAAGAAGAUAGAAAGCAUAAAAGACAUGAGAUAAGUUCUUCAAGCAGAAUUAUUGAACCAGGAAAGGUUGAAUGUCGCCCAUUAACAGAAAGUGAGGAAUUUGUUUCUUCUCAAUACUCACCUGCUGCUUCAACAACCAGACAACCUCUACACUCUAGGAAUAACAGGGACGAUGAACUUGACCUGGGUCUUGAGGAUAUAAUGGUUAUGGAAGCCAUCUGGCUGUCUAUUCAGGAGAAUGGCCGACAGAAAAGUCCAGCCUACGGUGAAGCUGCUCGAUUAGAACAAUACAUAACAGAAGAUUGUUGUGGCUUAGCAGUCAUGUCGCCGCUGGCUGAAACAUCAUCACCUCCAUCUGAUGGUCUGGCUUGUGCAAUUGCUGCACUUGGUGAGCGCCAGCAAAUGGGCAGAGAAUCCUCUAGUAAAUAUAAUGGAAACAUAUCGGCAUUCAGCUUGCUUCCUUGUGGCAGGUUUUCCAAUAUAGAGGAGCAAGUGACGGAGAAUCAUCCUCCUGCAGGGAGCUUAAUUGAGGCCUCACCCUAUAGUUCAAUGGCAAUGGCUGUGGAUGGCAGAGAAUGGGGGUUGAAUCAUGGAUUGGAGGUGGCUGAAGAAGGGACCAUCUAUGCUAGUUCCGAUGCAGUAGAAGAUGAAAUUAGGGUCUCACCUGAUAGUAGGAUUGCUGCAUUGCCACCAUAAGAUGAUAUUGAGGGUGGCUUUCAGACUGUUGUUGGGACCAUUAGUCCAGAGAGAUUCAAGGAGCAGAUGAUGUUGGCUAUGGCCAUUUCAGUAGCUGAGGCUUGAGCAAGGAGAAGUGCACUGGUAGACUGGUAGUUGCAUGGCAGUAUGGCACUGGUUUAUGAGCUCAAGGUAGUAAUGACUCUCUAUCUACAGAAGUAAAUGGAAACAGCUUUUUUAGUGAACGAAAAGUGGUGGGUUAUGCCAUUUGCAACACACAGUUCUCAGAACAAAUGGUAUUGCAAAACCAUGAAAAUAAAAUCAUUUCAUGGCGCUUUCUAUGGAAAUUUAUGGCAUACAUCCACCAUCUAGGGUCAGUUUUAUGAUGUAUUUAGCAUUUCUUUGUCAAAUUUUACAAUUCGAUUGUGGUCUGAAGUCCAAUGAAAAAGCUUAAUGUGAUCAACUUUGUAAACAAUGUUCAAUUAUAAAAAUAAAAAAAAAGGAACUUUGUAAACUAUGCAAGGACAUUACCU